UACGAUUUUUUCAAUCAAGCUCUUUGUCCAUUCAAUCCGAACUCCAAAGGCUCUAUCUAAAGCACAGGCUCGCUCCCUGCCCUAGGCCGUAGCGCUUAAUUGUAGAAAGAUUUUUCAAGCCUUUCUCGGGAUUUGUAAUCCGCCGCGAAAAUGGAUUCCGACGGGCAAAGAGGUUCUACAAAUCCUACGGCCUUACUCCAGUCUCUGUUGAGCAAGAGGGAGAAGCUUCAAGAAGAGCUCCGGAACAUCGAAAAGCAGGUUUAUGAGCUUGAGACGAGCUACUUGCAUGAUUCCAGCCAUUUUGGGCACGUAUUGAAAGGUUUUGAAGGCUUUCUUUCUUCGUCCAAGAACACAACAAACUUAAAGAGGUCCAGGAAAUUCCAGCCUGAAGAUAGACUCUUCUCAUUGUCUUCAGUUACCUCACCAGCAGCUGAAGAACUUGGAGUUGGGCGCGAUGAUGGAAGAUCCGAUUUUGGUCCAGGUCGGUCUAAGGGUGGAAGCUUCCCCACCAAUGGCCAGGGGAAGCCAAAGAAGGGAAGAACAGCAUCAAGAGAUGGAAAGAGAAUCAGGCCAUCAAGUGAACAAGAAUUUGACGAGGAAGAUGAUCCUGAUUUGAGCUUGAGAUGAACUGUACUCGAUGAAGGAAUUGCUAUACAAACAUCCAGUGUAAUUGCAGGUUGUAGGAGUUAAAAGAGAGACUGUGUUUUACUGUAUCCUAGGAAUUUUCUCUUUAAGUCAGGCUGACUAGGUUGAUUCAGGAUGGCUGCGUUGCAUAAUUAGCUUGUCUUUAGCAAUGAAAUGCCUCCUUAAUUUAUGUAUUCUUUUCACCUUAGGGUUCUUACCCAAUUCUGUUUCUCUUCCAAUUGAGGUGUAAGUAUUAUUGUAUAAUCGGGAAAAAGAGAGAGUGAACAAUAUAUAUAUUUAUUCGUCA